AUGUUUAGUAGGCUGAUACUACUACGAUCAGUAAGAAAAUCACUUGGUAGAUACUAUUCUUCACAAGCACAUCCACAAACAUAUAUUUACAACUUGUUGAGUGAUACGAAAUGUCGAUCGUGUGGGAUUCAAUUGCAGGAUAAAUUUCCUGACAAACCAGGUUAUUAUCGUUUACCUGGUCAAAACGACAGCAAUACCGACAAAAAAGCUAAAACUUCAGAAUUGAAUAAGAAAUAUGAAAAAAUACUACAAAAUUUAGACAUCUCUGAUAGAAAUUUGUUAAUCAACAAUUUCAGUGCUCCAAAACAAGAUGAUGAGAAAGUUGCAUCAGUACCAAGUUUACAACAAAUAACACCAGUUGAAGCAGAUACUCGUGACACAACCAAAGAUCAACAAACCCAUCUGGGGCAUAGUUUAAGCUGCAAACGUUGCAAUGAUGUAAUUUAUAAUUCCAAAACUAGAAGUAUUUAUGACCCAAACAGGGAUAAUUUAAACAAAUCAGAAUUCCCCAUUCCUAAAUUACAACAAGUGUUGUCUACUAUCCCAGUAGAUGCUCCGUUAGUUUAUGUUUUCAGUGCAAAUGAUUUCCCCAUGGGGAUAAAUAAGGAUAUUUUCCAAUAUCGCCCACCACAACAGAUUUACUUUGUCAUGACCAAGAGUGAUAUUUUGAUCCCAAAAACAAAUGUUGCCUUUUAUAAUAAUUUUAAGAAAUUUUUACAAAAUUAUAUGUUUAAAAAAUUUAAUGUACCCCGUGAAAAUGUUUUUAUCGCUUCAGGCAAAGAUCGUUGGAAAAUGACUGAUUUAUAUCAUUUUAUCCCAAACUAUUCGUACAUUAUUGGUGAUACAAAUUGUGGGAAAUCUACGUUAGUGAAAAGUUUAUUGAUCAACCAUCAUGUUAAACACUGGAAAUACGAAGCUCUUCAACAAAGACCAGACGAAAAACAAUCUUCUUCUGCUUCAUUGAAAAAUAAAGAUUUUAAAAAAUUGGAUAGAUUAAUCGAUUCAUUCAGCUCCAAAAAUGGUCCCGGAACUUCGCAUAUCCCUGGAUUCACUCGUGAUGUUGUUCCUGUUGAUAUUGAUGGUAUAAAAGAAUUAUUUGAUGUACCAGGCUUUACCACAAAUGAGAAUUUACAAGAUAUUUUUGAUAAAUUGAAUCACAAACAAAUUGCUCGGAUAACUAAAGGGGCAAACACUUCUAAAUAUGGAUCAUUGAAAUCGAAAUUUGAUACUGUCAAAAAUGGGCAAGUGUUGAGUUUAAAUGGGGUAGGUUACUUACAAUUUCCGGGACAAGAUUCAAUGUAUCAAAUACGAAACGUUACUAAAUUUGCAUUGCAUAAAUUUAAAAAUCUUGAAAAAGUUGAUUCAAUUUUACAACGCAACGAAAUUCCUAAAUCAAUGAGUAGUCACUUUAUUGUCAAUCGUCAGCAGCAACAGCAACAACGAAAUGAAUUACGUGGUUAUUAUAAGAGAUACAUUAUCCCACCAUUUUAUGGUACAAUUGAUCUAGUGAUUAAAGAUAUUGGAUAUAUUAAUAUUAAACCAACGGGGAAGAAAUUGACUAAUGAAUUAAUGGUGUUAUAUUUACAUCCUAGUUUGGAGGCAAUCAUUCGUCAACCAAUUUUGAAUUAUAUUGAUUCUCCAACUCCAAAGAAAUCACCUGACGGGACGAAUAGGAAGACCAUUACCAGUGACAUUAGCAAGACUCCAUUUUAUAGUCGGUUGAUACCUAGUACUGUUCUUCUGGACCCAUCAUCAUUGGUAUUGCUGCCCCCGUCAUCUGACUAUAAUCAAUUGAAUCAAUAUUUACAAAUUGAUGAAUCAAGUGAGUCUGCCUACAAUGAUCUCCUUGAAUUGGAUGAAACAAAUAAAUACGAUUAUUGGAUUGAAUGA